UAUAUAUACAAUCGCUCUUCUCUCUUCUUUCUCCGUCUUUCUCUAAACAUGGCUAGGGUUUUUCCUCAAGCAGGCGUUUCUUCACCGUACAUGAGUACGGAAAGAGAGACUUUCACGGUUUGGAUGAAGUCUCUGGUUUAUCAAACCAAUGGUUUAACGGUUUACAAUUCCAACGGAGAGAUUACGUACCGGGUCGAAAACUAUGACAAAUCUAGCAAUGAAGUGCACAUCAUGGAUCUCCAUGGAAACAUUCUUUUCACCAUCCGCAAAAAGAAAUUAUGGUUCUUUGGGAGUUGGUAUGUGUAUAGAGAAUGUGAGACGCUGUCAAGCACUGAGGAAGUAAAACCUUUUGUCAAGAUCAAAAGGUCAUGUGUUAGAGAUGGAGAUUGGGAAGUUCGAGAUGAGACCAAUGAAGUCUUUUGGAUUUUAAGAUUUGAUCCCAAAUUCGCUUUUCAGAUAAUAGACGUCCAUGGAAACAUCAUUGCAAAGGUAAAGCCAAAACAAUCAUCAAAUGGAGUUAUAUUGGGGGAAGAUGUGUUAACUUUGGAGGUGAAGCCACGUAUCGAUCACUCACUCGUUGUAACACUUGUCACUGUGUAUGGAUUGAUUAAAGGAAUAGUCUAAAUUCUGUUUGAAUUUCAUAGAAAAAGUUAUAUACAAGAUAGUAAUUUUUCCAACCAUGUUUGUGUUGUGGGAGAUGUAAGUAGUGUCAUUUUUGCGAGCC